AUGGCUCCACAUACGGGUUCGGCUACUCCUGAACAAAUUGAUGCACUCCUCAAUUUCCUGGACGAGCAUAGGGAUCUUGCUCGCGGGAGAUUGAGGAGUCUAGAAGGAAAAGUCCAGGCGAAGAGGCUGUGGGAUGAAUUGUGCAAUACGCUCAAUUCCAUGGGCGGUUGCACAAAGACAGUUCAGCAGUGGCAAAAGGUAUGGUUUGAUAGAAAACAUCUGGCCAAAAAAGCCGCUGCUGAUUCCCGGAGGUCGGCUUCAAUGACUGGAGGUGGUCCAUCAGUGGCACCCCAACUCUCCCAUUCGGAAUUAAAAGUCUUAUCCAUAAUGGGAGAUGGGUUCGGUGACCGCCAAAUUGGAGCCAGAGUGCCAGCUUUCACUGAAACGAAUGAAUCCAGACCAUCAACCUACAGUCAAGGAAGCCAACUGCAGCAGCAGAGCCUGGACUUGCAUGUAGAAGUUGAGGAGUACGCCGACCAAAGCAAAGAAAGCCAGCAGGUCUACUCUAAUUCAACGAAAAACGAAAUUUCGAUCGAAAUUGAUACACAAGAAGCCUCACAAUCUGCACGUCCCAGAAGAAUACGAUCUGCUGCUGGCUCCGAUGUCAGAAGCAGGUUGUACCAGUAUGAAGAUGGACGUGCAGAGAGAGAGACAGUGAGGAACACCGAGCUCGCAGGCAUCAGGGCUGCCUUGGAAGAGUUGCGUGACAUAGGGCGAGAUUAUUUAGAGUUUUUAAGGCAAAAUAGGCGUUAG